AUGAAAAUAAAGAAGAAGAAGAAGAAGAAGAAGAAGAAGAAGAAGAAGAAGAAGAAGAAGAAGAAGAAGAAGAAGAAGAAGAAGAAGAAGAAGAAGAAGAAGAAGAAGAAGAAGAAGAAGAAGAAGAAGAAGAAGAAGAAGAAGAAGAAGAAGAAGAAGAAGAAGAAGAAGAAGAAGAAGAAGAAGAAGAAGAAGAAGAAGAAGAAGAAGAAGAAGAAGAAAACAACCACCGUCCCUUAA